ACUUUGCCACUAAUGUCAGUGCUGAACUCUGGCUGGCCCUACCAGGAGGACAGACCCACCCUUGGGGAGCCAGAUCCACCAGCCAACUCAGACAGUGACUUAGGUCACCUGCCAGGGGAAGACCCUGAGGAUACCUCCACUCAGGGUCCUACAGUUCUGAACUUGGGCCCCUCUUUCCUGGACACCAACCAAGCCCUCCAACAGCCUGGACUUCAGACCCUCCUGCAGCAGCUCCCUCCACAGGACAGUGACGAACGCUACUGCCUGGCCCUUGGGGAGGAGGAGCUGGCUGAGCUGCGGCUCUUCUCUGCACAGCGAAAGCAGGAGGCGCUGGGACAGGGGGAAGCCCGCUUGAUACUUCCCAAGCGUGAAGGACACACCUGUGAGAAUUGCAGGGAGCGGCUGACGCCAGGGGAGUAUGGAGUGUUUGCAGCACCAGCAGGGGAGCAGCACUGCUGGCACCAGCCUUGCUUUGCCUGUCAGGCCUGUGGCCAGGCCCUGAUAAACCUCAUCUACUUCUACCAUGAUGGACAUCUGUACUGUGGCCGUCAUCACGCAGAGUUACUGAGGCCACGCUGCCCGGCUUGUGACCAGCUGAUCUUCUCCCGGCACUGCACAGAGGCCGAGGGACGCCACUGGCAUGAGAACCACUUCUGCUGCCAAGACUGCGCCGGGCCCCUGGGCGGGGGACGUUAUGCCCUGCCGGGGGGUAGCCCCUGCUGCCCCCGCUGUUACCAGAUGCGUUACUCGGGUGCGGGCUGGAGCCCUGCCGAGGCACUGGAAAGGCAGACGUUCCUUGGGAAGACCGGACCCGACCGGAAUGAAGGAAGGCACCGCGCAUCGCUAAACGCUGUGACCAUCUCUCAAGCAGCCCUUCUCGCUGCUGCCGGUAGUCAGGCGGGGCUGCCUGGAUCCAGCCCCGAGCAGGAGAACCGAGUUGGGGACAAAGCAAUGGCAUCCACAGUGCGGGAGCAAGACCGCCCAGAGACUCCUCAAGAUUCCGAGGAUGCCCACUGCCCCACCUGCUCUUCUUCCUCUGACUCGGAACCCGAAGACUUUUUCUUAGGCCAGCGCCUUCCCCGGCUCUGGAAGACCCGCGGAAGCUUCCAACAAGGGGACAGCGACAUCUCCAAGAAGCAUUGCACCAUCUGCUAGUGGCGCAGCCCAGAGUGGGCAGGAAGGGAUCUGUAAAACAGGAGAACAAAGUUCUCCAGACUGAAUGCAAUCAGGGGCACGCCCAGGAAAGACGAAAUGACAGAUUUGGCAUGCGCCCUCUUUAGGACGUUCUAUGAUUUGAUGGACACUUGAGGAACUUCAUUUCCCAAAGCUACUCUUCCCCUGCUGAUCUACCCCUAUUCAUACCCCGCAGGCCGGGACAGCGUGGUCCCCACCAUCUCCCUCCUCAGCCAAUUAAGCGAUUACUUAGCACGCGUUGACGGUGACCGGCUGGAGAGCCGGAGGU